CUGAACCCCCAAACUCGAAGCACCCAGCAGGGCACUCUGACCUGGAGAAAAACCUGAAAACUGAAACCAAGUACCUGAGAGACGAGCUGCGGGAACAGCAGAGACUGCAGGAGGCGAAAAUGAGGCUCCGGGAGCAGGAGGUGCCAUUUCUGAACGCUGCUGGAGCCGGUGCCCAGGAGGAGCAGGCACGGCUCUGUGAGCAGCUCCAGAAACAACAGGUGUGCAGCCAGCACCAGGCUCACCCGGUGGCCUCGGCCCUGAGGGAGCCAGAGGCAGUGGCCGCAGCCACAGGGACUAGGAGCGACCGUGGGUGUGGGGAGACCCAGCGGGCCCUGCAGGGCGCCAUCGACAAGCUGCAGGUGAGUGAGUCCUGGCAGGGGCCAUGAAGGGUGGGGUGGGGU